AUGAAUGUUCUUUUGUUGAUGACAUUUCUCAUUCUUUUCUUGUGGCAGCUAAGAAGUUUGGGAAAGUUGUUUGCUUUUGCUGAUAUGUUUAAAUGGAUGUCUUAUGGCCAUGAUGGGAAACAUCCUGGUUGUGAUCAGUCUUACUUUGGAAGAAGGGAAUUUUCCUUCACUCUGAAAGGUGAUUUUUAUCUGCGUUUUCAAUCGUACAACAAUGCCCUCGAACUUGAAAACUCGAUCAAAGAUAAAUGCCCUUUAAAGAUUGACAUUGGACCUGUCUAUACAAUCGAUCCUGCAAAAAGGCAUGCCUAUGCACAGGGUGAUAAUAGUGUCUUCACUCCAGUUGAGAGGGAGUUGAUUUUUGAUAUUGAUAUGAUAGAUUAUGAUGAUGUUAGAUACUGCUGCAAGGGUGCUGAUGUUUGCUUGGAUUGUUGGUCGUUGAUGACCAUAGCCAUCAAAGUGAUUGAUACUUCCUUAAGAGGCUUAGAUGCUUCACUAAAACUAAGAUGCUUAAAAUACACGGGGAAGGAAAUAAUGACUCUACCACCGGUUGACUAUAGUUUCCAGCUUCCUAAAUCUGAGCAUCAAGGAAAUUCAUCAUGUAAGAAAAAGAAGGAGGUGGUGAUUUAUAUAGCACAAGGUACAAAGCCUGAGGUUUAUACUCAAGAGCAUGAGAAGCUUCUUGGAGAUUGUGAGACUGAUUGGAAAUUGUUUGUGGAUGGAUAUGAUGAGGAUGGAGACCGUAUAUAUGAUCCAACCAAGGGUGAGAAAUGUCAUCAAUGCAAGUAUAUUAUGUGUGUUUCCUCCAUAUUUAUAGCAACAAUUAUUAGCAUGUUUGUCAACCAGAGAGUGGGUUUGGUGGCAUUGGCUGAUUAUGAUAUGCAUGUAAUGUAUAUAGAUAAGACACUAAUGUGUUAUGGUUUAGGAAUGGAUAAACCAAGUGAUCCGAAGGAGAAAGAGGACAAAGAAGGCGAGACGGAGGAAAAAGAAGCGCCAUACAUACCUCCACCACAUUAUAAACCACCUAUCCCGUACCCUCAAAGGCUCGAGAAAUCUAGAAACAUAGGGCAAUUUAAGAAAUUUGUCGAACUUCUUAAACAAUUAAACAUCACAAUUCCGUUUACAGAAGCCAUUACCCAAAUUCCCUCAUAUGCUAAGUUCCUAAAAGAAAUCCUAUCGAAUAAAAAGAAAUUAGAAGACAAUGAGACCAUAACACUCACUGCUGAAUGUAGUGCAAUAAUUCAAAAUAAAAUGCCACCUAAGCUGAAAGACCCAGGAAGUUUCUCCAUACCCUGCAAUAUAGGAAAAUUUGUCAUAGACAAAGCUUUAUGCGACUUAGGAGCUAGUAUUAGCCUAAUGCCUUUGUCCAUCUGCGAGAAACUAAACAUGGGAGAUCUAAGACCAACCAAGAUGUCAGCACAACUUGCAGACCGAUCUGUCAAGUAUCCUGUAGGUGUUCUUGAAAAUGUACCCGUCCGCAUCGGACAAUUCUACAUCCCUACGGAUUUCAUAAUUAUGGAUAUAAAAGAAGACGUCAAUACUCCUAUAAUCUUAGAAAGACCUUUCCUAGCUACCGCUGGAGCCAUUAUAGACGUAAAGAAAGGCAAGUUGACAUUCGAAGUAGGUGAGGAGAAGGUCGAGUUUAUUCUAACACAAUUCCUUCAAGCCCCAACUAUAGAAGAUACAUGUUAUCUAGUGGAUGUUAUUGACGACUGUAUAAGAGAGAUAGGAUUAUCAGAAGAAUCUUACUCUAAAGUUAUAAAGAUUCCGAUGCCCCUGAUUUACGAAGAUGACAAUUGGCGAUCGGAAUAUCGAGACGAUAGUUUAAGCGAAUGCUUAGCUUUAACACCCAACCCUAUGCCUUGCCCAAAGAAACCAGCCUUGGACCUUAAACCAUUACCCAAGACUCUUAGGUAUGAAUAUCUAGACGAUGAGCUCAAAAGACCAGUAAUAGUCAACGUAGAGCUAGGAGCCACAGAGACUGAGAAGCUAUUACAAGUUUUAAGAAAGUAUCCAUCUGCGUUAGGAUAUAACAUUGGUGAUUUGAAAGGAAUAAGUCCUUCCAUAUGUAUGCAUCGCAUCAUGUUGGAAGAAAAUUGCAAAACCUCUAGGGAGCAUCAAAGAAGGAUUAACCCUAUCCUGAGCACAGUAGUUAAAGAUGAAGUUACCAAACUUCUGAAUGCUGGAAUUAUAUAUCCAAUUUCCGAUAGUCAGUGGAGAUGCAUGAUGUCAAUUUUCGCUGAUUACAUAGACAACAUCAUAGAAGUCUUUAUGGACGACUUCUCUGUGUGUGGGAAAGAUUUCGAAGGAUGUCUCUCAAAUCUAGAAAAAGUAUUGGACAGAUGUGUACAAGUUAACCUCGUCCUAAACUGGGAAAAGUGUCACUUUAUGGUUAAACAAGGGAUUGUACUUGGACACGUAGUCUCCGAAAGAGGAAUAGAAGUCGAUAAAGCAAAGAUCGAAGUAAUAGAAAAUCUCCAACCCCCAAAAACAGUUAGAGAGAUAGGAAGCUUCUUAGGUCACGCAGGUUUCUACAGAAUAUUUAUAAAGGACUUUUCUAAGAUCUCUAAACCUCUGACCAGCCUCCUGAUGAAAGACGUUGAGUUUAAUUUCAACGAUGAAUGUCUAGAAGCCUUUGAAGUACUAAAGACGACCCUGAUAUCCGCACCCAUAAUGCAACCACCCGACUGGAAUUUACCAUUUGAAAUUAUGUGUGAUGCAAGUGACUAUGCUGUAGGAGCUGUCUUAGGCCAAAGGAAAGAUAAGAAACUCCACGCAAUAUACUAUGCAAGUAGGACCUUGGACCCUGCGCAAAUGAAUUACGCCACAACCGAAAAGGAACUCCUAGCCGUGGUCUUCGCGUUAGAUAAGUUUCGUUCCUAUCUAAUAGGAGCAAAAAUAAUAGUUUACACCGACCUUGCAGCCAUUAGGUAUCUACUAGCUAAACAAGAUGCAAAACCUAGACUAUUAAGGUGGAUCCUACUACUACAAGAAUUUGAUUUGGAAAUCAAAGAUAAAAAAGGGACCAAAAACGUUGUAGCCGACCAUUUAUCUAGGAUGGAAGGUAUUAAGACAGAAGAAACACCAAUCAACAAUGAUUUCCCCUAUGAACAUUUAAUAUCACAUUUAGAAUCCAAAAGCGACACAUUGGAACAACUUAAAGCGCAAACCGUUAAGACACUAAGCACCGGAACCACGCUGCCAUGGUAUGCCGAUUUCGUCAAUUACCCAGCUGCGAGAGUGCUUCCGCCUGACAUGACUUACCAACAAAAGAAGAAGUUCUUCCAUGACCUUAAACAGUAUUAUUGGGAUGAACCCUUGCUAUUCAAGAGAGGCGCUGAUGGGAUAUUCCGCCGAUGUGUUCCGGAAGAAGAAAUAGAAAGCAUAAUACGUCAUUGCCAUAAUGCCCCCUAUGGUGGGCAUACUAGCACAUCAAAGACAUGCGCUAAGAUUCUGCAAGCAGGUCUCUUUUGGCCCAACCUGUGGAAGGAUGUCCACAUCGCUGUUAGAAACUGCGACCGAUGUCAGCGCACUGGAAACAUAUCUAAGCGAGAUGAAAUGCCACAAAAGGGCAUUUUAGAAGUAGAAAUAUUUGAUGUGUGGGGAAUCGAUUUUAUGGGACCUUUCCCAUCUUCCUUUGGAAAUAACUACAUACUUGUCGCAAUCGAUUACAUAUCUAAAUGGAUAGAAGUUGUAGCCUCACCCACAAACGAUGCACAAGUAGUUAUUAGGAUAUUCAAAAAUAUAAUCUUUCCAAGAUUUGGUGUACCAAGAUUAGUCAUUAGCGACGGAGGAUCCCACUUCAUAUCUAGAAUUUUCGAAAAACUCUUAGUGAAAUAUGGAGUCCGACACCGUAUAGCAACACCUUACCACCCACAAACUAGUGGACAAGUUGAAGUCUCGAAUAGACAAAUUAAGCAAAUACUUGAAAGGACUGUUGCCACAUCUAGGAAGGAUUGGUCAACUAAGUUACACGAAGCACUGUGGGCGUAUAGAACUGCCUACAAGACACCAAUAGGAACCACGCCUUUUAAAUUAGUAUACGGUAAAUCUUGUCAUCUACCGGUGGAACUAGAGCAUAAAGCCUACUGGGCAAUAAAAACCUUAAACCUAAGUUACACCGCCGCAGGCGAAAGAAGGCUAUUGGAUAUCAACAAGUUGGAAGAAAUUAGAUUGGAUGCUUACGAGAAUGCUAAGAUUUACAAAGAAAGAACAAAGAAGUGGCACGAUAAACGCAUCUCAAGGAAGGAAUUCAAUGAAGGAGAUGUGGUGCUACUGUUUAAUUCUCGACUUAAGCUAUUCCCAGGAUUACUUCGUUCAAGAUGGUCUGGUCCAUUCGAAGUUACCAAAGUAUAUCCGAGUGGCGCUAUAGAAAUUAAAGGAAAAUUGAGCGAUAACUUCGUUGUAAACGGGCAGCGAUUGAAACAUUACCAUAAUGUUGAAAACAAAGACUACACUGAUAGUCUUAAGCUCGUAGAGUUAAUCGUCGAGUCGUAG